GCAGCGCCCCGGGGCCCGGCCCGGCCGUCGGCAGGGCAGCAGGUCUGCGUUCCCAGCUCCCGGUCGCUCCUGGAAGCGGCCGGGCCCGUGCCGAGGGGCGGCGGCGGCGGGAGCGGAGCCGGGACGUGGGAGGUGCCGGCGGCGGGACGCGGCGGGCAGAGGCGGGCCUCUGGCCUUUGUCUGCCGGCCUCAGCCGGAGGCGGGUCGAGCCAGCCGCGGCCGCCGCGCCGACCCCGCGGAGCGGCCCGGGACUCGGCCGGGACGCCGGGGCGGGGCUCCGCAGGCCACGCCCACCGGGGGGUCUUUAAAAGGUGAGCGCUCGCGCCGCCGCGGCGUCCUGACUCGCGCGCCCCCCGGUUCGGCCUCCGUUCUCCGCCCGCUCUGCCUGGUCCUGCUCCGACUCGAGAUGCCCGUGUGGGGAGGUGGAAACAAGUGUGGGGCCUGCGGACGGACUGUGUACCACGCGGAGGAGGUGCAGUGUGAUGGGCGAAGCUUCCACCGCUGCUGCUUUCUGUGCAUGGUUUGCAGGAAAAAUUUAGAUAGCACCACAGUGGCAAUUCAUGAUGAAGAGAUCUACUGCAAAUCCUGCUACGGGAAGAAGUAUGGGCCCAAAGGCUAUGGGUACGGCCAGGGCGCGGGCACGCUCAACAUGGACCGUGGCGAGAGGCUGGGCAUCAAGCCAGAGAGUGUUCAACCUCACAGGCCUACAACAAAUCCAAACACUUCUAAAUUUGCUCAGAAAUACGGAGGCGCUGAGAAGUGCUCCAGGUGUGGCGAUUCCGUGUAUGCUGCCGAGAAGAUCAUUGGAGCUGGAAAGCCCUGGCACAAAAACUGCUUCCGAUGUGCCAAGUGUGGGAAGAGUCUUGAAUCAACAACUCUGACUGAGAAAGAAGGUGAAAUCUAUUGUAAAGGAUGCUAUGCAAAGAACUUCGGGCCCAAGGGAUUCGGCUACGGCCAGGGAGCAGGAGCCCUUGUUCACGCUCAGUAAAGGUGUGACCCCAGAGCCGGGUCCCACACAGAGGAUCUCUACGUCUCUAGGCACAGAUAACCCAGCACUAAACUACUGUGAACCUCUGCGGGCACUGAAGUACUGUGUCUCGCCCUGUCCUGGGACAGGCUGGCUGACGCGUAGGAAGAGCACUGUAUCCUUCUGCUUUAUUCAUCAGCAUUUUCGAGAACCAUUUCUUUUACAUUUUAAAUAAAACUGCAGCUUGA